AUGUUGGUGUACCAGGAUCUUCUCACCGGUGAUGAGCUUCUCUCUGACUCUUUCCCUUACAAGGAGAUUGAGAACGGAGUUCUCUGGGAAGUAGAAGGAAAGUGGACCACGUUGGGAUCUGUGGAUGUGAACAUUGGUGCCAACCCAUCAGCUGAAGGCGAGGAUGAGGGUGAGGGUGUUGAUGACUCAGCUGUUAAGGUUGUUGACAUUGUUGACACCUUCAGACUUCAGGAGCAACCAACAUUUACCAAGAAGGACUUCAUUGGUUACAUUAAGAAGUACAUCAAGCUUUUGACACCAAAGCUCAACGAAGAACAGCAAGCAGCCUUCAAGAAGGGUAUUGAGGGAGCUACCAAGUACUUGCUCCCCAAGCUCAGUGACCUCCAAUUCUUUGUCGGAGAGGGGAUGCACGAUGACAGCAGUUUGGUGUUUGCUUACUACAAGGAAGGAGCAACCAACCCAACCUUUUUGUACUUCGCACAUGGAUUGAAGGAGAUCAAGUGCUGA